GCCUUGUGGCUCUGUGAACUGUGUUGACAACACAAGUCUUUGUGUGUGUGGGUGGGUUUGUGGAUGAAAUACGAAGAGGGUCGUAUACACUUGGAUGGCAUUAAGUUCAUAACUUGUUACAUAAGGAAACUUUCUUGGACCAAAGGAGAUGCAGUGGUGCAAAUGGGCUGGCAAAUGGAAAUCUCACCUACCAGGACAGUCCACAGGAGCACAGGAAGAGGACGCCUGUGAUUUCCUAUUUAAAAUUAUCUUCAUUGGAGACAGCAACGUGGGAAAGACAUGCGUCAUCCACAGCUUCAAGUCUGGAGAGUUCAGAGACAAACAGCAUAACACUAUUGGUGUAGACUUCACUGUUCAUACCAUGGAUAUUGAUGGCAAGAAGGUGAAGAUGCAGAUAUGGGACACAGCUGGCCAGGAGCGUUUCCGGACCAUCACACAGAAUUACUACCGCAGUGCUCAUGGGGCUAUGAUCGCCUAUGACCUGACACGCCGUUCCACCUUUGACUCACUACCUGACUGGAUACAUGCAGUAGAACAGUAUGGAGUUGCCAAUGUAGUCUUUGUUCUUAUAGGUAAUAAAUGUGACCUGCAGCCCCACCGACAAGUGUUGUUUGAAGAUGCCUGCACUCUGGCUGAACAGAAGGGUGCUCUGGCUGCCCUAGAGACAUCAGCUAAGGAGAACCAUAACGUACAAGAAGCCUUUGAGCUAAUGGCACGGGAGCUGAUAGUACGAAAUGGAGGCAUAGUCCCGCAGGAAACCCUGUCCGAUUCCCCAAAUCUCCUUCUAUAUUCUCAGACUCACCCAAUCAAUGAGGUGGAGUCCCCAGAGAAGAAGUCUUGUGACUGCUGAAAUAUUGGGUUUUAAAGGAAUGGUGUUCUUUCAGAGACCUCUUUAAGACUUCUAAAGACUUCUCUAAACACAAGCAUUAACCACAUUAGUACAGGGACUAUUGGUUCAGAGGAGAAAUGGCUGCAGACACACUCAGUGUUCAAAUACUUACUACAUGCUGUCACAUAUAUACCGCGCACAGGGGGUCAUGUAUGUAUUGUGUACAAUAUGAUAGUGUAACUUAAAUUUUAACUUAUAAAUUAACUUAAACUUUUUGUGUUCUUUUCCCAUGUUAAUGAGAAAUAAAGCAGAGAAAUGACCUUUA